GGAAUCUACUAUGCAACUGUGUACUGGAUGCCGACUGAAAAAACAAUAGAAGUCAAAAACAUAAUGGACAGGAAUGGGGAUGCCUAUGGCUUUUACAAUAACUCAAUGGCAACCACAGGCUGGAGCAUUCUGGAGAUCAGAGCUGGGUAUGGUUCUCAAGCCCUGAGCAAUGAGAUCAUCAUGUUUGUGGCCGGCUUUUUGGAGGGUUACCUCACUGCCCCACACAUGUAUGACCACUUCACAAACCUCUACCCACAGCUGAUCAAGAAACCUUCCAUCAUGGAUAAAGUGCAGGAUUUUAUGAAGAAGCAAGAUCGGUGGACCCGGAAAAACAUCAAAGCGUACAAGGAUGAUUCAUUCUGGAGACAUACAGGCUAUGUGAUGGCACAAAUGGAUGGGCUAUAUGUAGGAGCAAUGAAGAGGGCUACAUUAGAAGGGACAAAGCCGAUGACCCUGUUCCAGCUUCAGUUCCUGAAUGCUGUUGGCGAUCUGCUGGAUCUGAUUCCUUCAUUCUCUCCCACAAAAAGCACCAACCUGAGGUUUUUGAAGCGAUGGGACAUGGGACAUUGCUCUGCUCUUAUUAAGGUUCUUCCUGGAUUUGAGAACAUCUUUUUCGCUCACUCAAGCUGGUACACAUAUGCAGCCAUGCUCAGGAUAUAUAAACACUGGGACUUCAACAUCUUAGAUAAAGACACCAGCAGUAGCCGCCUCUCUUUCAGCAGUUACCCAGGGUUUCUGGAGUCUCUGGAUGACUUUUACAUCCUUAGCAGUGGUUUGAUAUUGCUGCAGACCACUAAUAGUGUGUUUAACAAAACGCUACUAAAGGAAGUGAUACCCGAGACGCUCCUGGCCUGGCAGAGGGUCCGUGUGGCCAAUAUGAUGGCAAAUGGUGGCAAGAGGUGGGUGGAGAUCUUCUCGAAAUACAACUCUGGCACUUAUAACAAUCAGUACAUGGUCCUGGACCUGAAAAAGGUGAAGCUGAACCACAGCCUAGAUGAAGGCACGCUGUACAUUGUGGAGCAAAUCCCCAAAUAUGUAGAAUAUUCUGAGCAGACUGAUGUUCUACGGAAAGGAUACUGGCCCUCCUACAAUAUUCCUUUCCAUGAAAAAAUCUACAACUGGAGUGGCUAUCCACUGUUAGUUCAGAAGCUGGGUUUGGACUACUCUUAUGAUUUAGCUCCGCGAGCCAAAAUCUUCCGGCGCGACCAAGGAAGAGUGACCGACAUGGCAUCCAUGAAAUAUAUCAUGCGAUACAACAAUUAUAAAAAGGAUCCUUAUAGCAAGGGUGAUCCCUGUAAUACCAUCUGCUGCCGCGAGGACCUAAACUCACUUAACCCAAGUCCUGGAGGUUGUUAUGACACAAAGGUGGCAGAUAUCUACCUAGCAUCUCAGUACACAGCCUAUGCCAUUAGUGGUCCAACAGUACAAGAUGGACUCCCUGUUUUUCACUGGAACCGUUUCAACAAAACACUCCAUCAGGGCAUGCCAGAGGUCUACAACUUUGAUUUUGUUACUAUGAAACCAAUUUUGAAACUUGACAUAAAAUGAAAGAAUAUGAGGGGAUGGAUACCAAAGGCAUUAUUUUAACUAUGUUUUUCUCAUGAGGGUUAUGCAAUAAAAUAUAUUAAAUUCAUUGUCACUUUCA